AUGGCCGAUGAGCGACGCAGAAUCGAGGAGCGAAAGCGGGAGCCCACGACGGUGGCGGUUAUAAGAAGGCAGGAGCGCGAGGUAACGCUGCGCGAAUGGCAGGUAAUCUGGGAUCACACGACGAAGGCGGCUUGGACGAGGAGGAUGAUUCCAGACAUCAGGAGGUGGGUGCAUCAGUCAAAUCACGAAGCCAUGACUUUCCACAUGGCUCAGGCUUUGACGGGUCAUGGAUGCUUCCAGCACUACCUGUGGAAGAGGAGGAGAGCAGAUGACCCCCACUGCAUGCACUGUGAUGAGCCGGACGACACUGUGGAGCACACAUUGUUUAACUGUCCGUUCUGGGCAGAAGACAGACGGGAGAUGGAGCAAUGCGUCGGCCGGCCACUACAACCCAAUGAUGUGCCGGAUAUCAUCCUGGGACCGGAACAGGAGCUCCUCCCAGAUGCUGCAUCCAGGAGGCGGCGUAUUGAGGCGAUGGCGGAGGGACUGAGGUUGGCGUUUGGCAGAAUGGUGGAGGCGAUUCUCGGGCGGAAGGAGGAUGCAGAGCGGGUUAGGCAGGCGCGAUUAUUUUAA